AUGGCUUCGACGUCUACUCUGGAUGCGUUCGAGACUUGCAAAAAGUGCUUGGCAGGAAGUGCGGCCGCUGCCAUCAGCAAAACGACAACCGCGCCAUUUGACAGAGUGAAACUCGUCCUUCAGGUGAGUGAAAUCUCUCUUGAGAAAAGGAAAACACAGCUGGCCAUCCGAACAAGUUUCCGAUGAUCUUGAUCUUAAUCUUUUAGCUUCAACAACGCGGGGAAUAUGCAAUGGCCAAGUAUACCGGUAUCAAAGAUUGCAUUACAAAGAUCAGUAUUGAACAGGUAAAGUACAUUUCAUAGUUUAUCGAUGAAAACUGUCCGACUUUUAGGGUGCAAUGGCAUUAUGGAGAGGAAACGGCGCGGGAGUGGCGAGAUGCCUUCCAAAUCACACUUUGAACUUUGCCUUCCGCGACAUUUACAGAAACAAACUUCUCAAAAACGUUGAUCGCAACAAGGACUUUAAUAAAUUUCUUGCGGGUGAGUCUGAAAAAGAGCAGAAGAACAACGAUCAUAUUGACAAAAGUUCAGGUACGUUCGUGUCAGGAGGACUGGGAGGGGCGACAACCUUGUUUUUGCUGUAUCCAUUCGACUUUGCAAGAACACGUCUUGCACUUGACUCGAAGAAAGAUGGUUCGAAAAAGUACAAAGGAAUGAUGGAUUGUCUCAAAAAGAUCCGAGCAUCUGAAGGAGCAACUUCAUGGUUCAAGUGAGUCAAUACUUACUGAACGAGAAAUGUAAAUGAAUAAAUUUCAGAGGGUUAUCUUCAGCAAUGCAGUUUGUGAUCUCCUCGCGGGCAAUCUUCUUUGGGAUCUUUGACAGUCUCAGAACGAGUGUCGAAGAUCCUCAGACACUGAACUUUGCGGCGUGCUGGGCCAUCGCUCAGGUACAAAUGACGUCUCCAGACUUACCAAAAGCUAAUUUUCUCAAUUCAAUUUCAGGUCUCAAUAGUGGCCAGUGGAAUGAUCUGCUAUCCGCUGGAUACGGUCCGACGGAGUAUGAUGAUGCAAUCUGGUAAAAAGGUUAAGCAAUAUCAGAAUACUAAAGACUGCUGGAAGACACUGUACAAGUAAGAAAUAAAUGAAACCGAGUUGAGUAUUUCAUUCCAAAUCUUUUUCAGCAAAGAAGGUGUCAAUGGUUUCUACCGCGGUGCUCUCACCAAUUCGCUCCGUUCAACCGGCGGCGCUCUCAUAAUCACAUUCUAUUACGAGUUUUCCAAAUACAUGUAA